AUGUCGUUUGGAGAGUGCACCAUCACUCUUCAAGAUGUUGUCGUUCAGUUGGGACUAAAUAUUGAUGGGCAACCUGUUACCGGGGUGACAUGGUGUGACUGGUCCGAUCACGUUAUUCGUGCGCUAGGAGUAAUUCCACCGCAACGUGAUAUUAGAGGAAGCUGUUUAAACUUGAGAUGGUUAAAUGAACGUUUUAAUUUUCAGGAACUAGGUGCACUUGAGUCGGAGGAAGCGCAAUUUGCUGCAAGAGCACUCAUUUUGCACCUAAUUGUCACUUUCUUAUUACCCGAACACACAGGAUCUUUUGGGCCUCUAAGAUAUCUACUACUAAUAGAGAAUUUAGCCUUGGCCUCCACGUACAGUUGGGGUUCAGUCGUGCUUGCAACUCUCUAUCAUGAGUUGUGCCAUGGAACCGGUUAUGAAUGA